GCCAACGACUUUCCGAAAACUUUUAUUUACUAAUUUAUUUUCUUAAUGUUAAUAUGCACACAUCACUCUUUCCAGUUUUGUAUAUAUAAAGAAACCAUUGCUCAUUCACUCGGACCACCAACUUACGACCAAAGAAAGCAAAUCCAGACUUGGUUUGUGUCUUUAAAACAUUAAUAAAAUACUUUUUGUAAUGGACUGUUCAUCUUUUCUUGACCUCAACACCAACCCUUUCGAUCGUAAUUUCCCGGCAAAACUUCCGAAGAAGGAGGUCAAGGUUUCGACCUCUGCUGAUUUGGAAAGGAAACAGAACGCAAGUGAGUUGAGAGAGGAGCUAAACCGAGUCAACUCAGAGAACAAGAAACUAACUGAGAUGUUAGCAACAGUCUGGGAGAACUACCACGCACUACAUCACCAUUUGGAGAAGCUUCAGAGUCGAAAAAGCCCUGAAAUGGAUCAGAUCGAGCAACCGACAAAGAAAAGAAAACAAGAUUCGUAUGAGUUAUUAGGGUUGGGUAAUGGACUCAGCGGUGGAAAAACUGAGAACAGCUCCAGCAACGAAGAUCAUUAUCAGGUUCUUUCAUGCAAAAGACCAGUCACUGAUAGCUUCAGCAAAGCAAAUGUUUCAACAGUCUACGUGCCUUCUGAUUCUUCCGACACAAGCUUGACAGUAAAAGAUGGGUAUCAAUGGAGGAAAUACGGACAAAAGGUUACAAGAGAUAACCCCUCGCCUAGAGCUUACUUUAGAUGCUCGUUUGCGCCGUCUUGUCCAGUUAAAAAGAAGGUGCAACGCAGCGCAGAGGAUCCAUCCGUACUGGUCGCUACAUAUGAAGGGACGCAUAACCACUUAGGUCCAAACGGUUCUGAAGGGGAUGUUACAAGCCAAGUUGGAUCAAGCACUGUGACUUUGGAUCUGGUUCGUAGUGGUCAGGGAACGAUGCAAGAGGUUCUGGUUCAGCAAAUGGCGUCUUCGUUAACGAAAGACUCAAAGUUCACAGCUGCUCUUGCGGCUGCUAUAUCAGGGAGGUUGAUGGAGCAGUCUAGAACAUGAAGCUAGUUUCAGUGAAUGCUUUUGUUUUGGUUUCUCAUCCUUAGAAAAAUGAAUGGCGUUUCUUUU